UGAUGUGUGGGGUUAUGCCUGACCACGCCGACACCAGCCUCCCACCAGAGGAGCGAGUACGACGCCUGAUCCAGGUGGGAAGUGCUGUGGAAGUGAAUGAGGACAUCCCGCCACGACGCUACUACCGCUCUGGGGUGGAGAUCCUCCGCAUGGCAACCAUUUACUCUGAGGAGGGCAACAUGGAGCAUGCCUUUAUCCUGUACAACAAGUACAUCACGCUCUUCAUUGAGAAGCUGCCACAGCACCGUGAUUACAAAACUGCUGUCAUACCCGAGAAGAGGGAGACAGUGAAAAAACUGAAAGAAGUAGCCUUCCCCCGAGCUGAAGAGCUCAAGAAGGAGCUAUUAAAGAGGUACGCCAAGGACUAUGCUAAGUACAAGGAGCAGAAGAAAGAGGAGGAAGAGGCAUUUGCACACAACUUGGCUUUGCAGCAGCAGCUGGAAGAGGAGAGAAAUCGGGUAGCCCUGAUGAAGCAGCAGCAGGCAGAGCAAGAGCAGUUCCAUGUCUUUGAGGAGAUGAUCCGACGACAGGAGCUGGAGAAGGAGCGGCUGAGGAUAGUGCAGGAAUUCGGACAGCCAGAACCGAGUCCCGUGGCUCUGGAUGGGCCCCUCAUUCCUGGCGUGGAAAAGCCGCCAACUGAUUUAAUCCCAAAGGUUCCCAUGUCUCCAGGUCAUCCUGCAAGUCCAUCAGCGGGGACUGUCUCAUCCAAACCUCCUGUUGUGGACAGAUCUUUGAAACCCAGUGCUUUGGGAAGCACAGAAAACAGUGCAGGUAUAAGUAUCCUUCGCCAGGUCAUUGUCCCUAGGGAGCUCUGUCAGAAAUUCCUCCAGCUGGCUGAUGCCAACACGAUCCGGGGUGUGGAGACGUGUGGGAUCCUCUGUGGUAAGCUGAUGAGGAACGAGUUCACCAUAACCCACGUCAUCGUUCCCAAGCAGCACGGGGGCCCUGAUUACUGCAACACAGAGAAUGAGGAGGAGCUCUUCAUGAUCCAGGAUCAACACAGCCUUGUUACACUGGGCUGGAUCCAUACUCACCCCACACAAACAGCCUUCCUCUCCAGUGUCGACCUGCACACACACUGCUCCUACCAGAUGAUGUUGCCAGAGUCCAUUGCUAUCGUGUGUUCUCCAAAAUACCAGGAGACGGGGUUUUUCAAGCUGACAGAGCAUGGCCUGGAUGAGAUAUCUUCCUGCCGGCAGAAAGGAUUCCACCCGCACUCCAAAGACCCCCCUCUCUUCACUACCUGCAAUCACGUGUCAGUAGUCGAGAGAGACGUAGUCCUGAUGGAUCUCCGAUAGGCCUCUUGCCUUAAGCAUACACAGAAAAGCAUCUACCUAAUUUCUAAGCCAGGGAACUGGUUUUGUCUCCUGUAGCAGAUGAUUUCUACCGUGU